CACUUGCGGAUAAAUUUGGAACUACUUUGCGUCAUGAAGGCUAUCUAUGUACUGUGGACUCGUGUUUGUGUACGAAAUUGUAACAUUUCAGCUUUUAUCGGAAUAUACAGUGAUUGUGAAUGAUUUGCAUGAGAAUGCAGAGAUUACCAGACACACAAAACAUACUCAACCUUGUGAUAUAAACAACCCCAUAACUCAUCUCUAAGAAACCUUGAAGCAAGAGCAUCAUAAUGAAACAAAGUUCUUCAAAAUUGGCAUCAAGGAGCAAUGGCUACCAGUCAGAUGACGAUACAGUGCGAUACAAGCUGAAUACAGAGUUCUUCAACAAUACUAACAAAGUUGCAAUAAAACCGAACAAGAAACAAGAAAAUGUAGAACCUGAUGAUGGUAUUCGGUACAUGUUUCCAAAAGUUUUAGUAAAAAAUCUAGCAAUUGAUAAGAAGCCCAAACAGAAAAUUAAAGUUAACUUUUGGAGCAGCAAACAAUCUCUCAACCGCAUGCGCAAAGCAGAUGCAAAAAAAGAAUUAAAUCCCAGGCACACAGUAGCCGCGCCAUCCCAUGAAAGGUUAAAUGAUAAACCGAAGAACUCUGCUGUGAAGGUACGCAAACGGGUAUCAUUUCUGCCUUCCCCGUUGUUCUCUGACAACCAUGUACCAAUGGUGACUGUACCUGAUGACUUGACUAUUCAUCUUAAUGAAGAAGAGGCAAAUGAUCUUGGCGAGGACUUAAACCAAGCAAUUACUGAGCAGGACGCUGCAACGAAAAGCAAAUCAAGUGAUAUGUCCAAAAGGAAAUCUCACUCAUUACCAACUCAAACGAGUCCCAAAGGCACAAAACGCAAGCACAGCAGUGACGACUCCGAUGGCAGGUCCCAUGGAAAUGAAAAUGACCUAGAAUUCUUCUCCAAGUAUGUGGUACAAAAGUUAAGGAAAAUGGAAACCAACCAACGGAUUUACUCAGAAAACUUAAUUAAUACUGUUCUCAUGUUGGGACAACUCUGCAAGUUGAAUGGUAAAUAUAAAAUAUUAGAACAGUAACAAUAGCGUCUUAAAAUUAAUUUUAAGAGUUACCCUUGUGUAUUUAAGUUAACAUGGUUAAUGAGUUUGAAGAAAAUAAUUAUUAAUGUUUAAAAGUAUAUUAACUUUAAAACAAGGAAUGUUCAACAAAAAUAUUGUUACUACUUUGACUGAACUUGUGCAAUAAUAACUAACAACUAGCUCAAGUUUAUUGCUUUCCAGCCAAAUUCAUAGAUCCCAAUGAACUUGUUAUGAAUGUGACUCGCACAAGCCAGAGUUUUAAUAUGUUUAAUAAAUUAUUACACCUUGUAAACAACAAAUAUUGUAACAUACCUAUUGUGUUCAGUCACAUUUCCAUUUCCUAUUAUUUUGUAGCUGUAAGGUAACUAUUUAUACAUAGUUAGUAUGUACUUGUACAUAUGAUUAGCGACAAGAACUUGUCAAUGAUAUAAUUAACAAUUUACAAAAAUAAUAACUCAUAAGUACAGAAACUCUAAUAUUUAUUUUAAGGCAUAGUGCAUCUAAUGAAAUGUCAUGCAUGUCUUACGUUUAAUUUAUUUGUUAAAUAUUUUCAUUUAAAAAAACU